AUGCCAGUAUUAUCAGAAUUAGAUGACUUCGACAUCUGCUUAAAAAAGCCAGACGCAGUCUAUUGUAUAGUAGACUUUGAACUGCUUGAAGAUGAUACACCACUAUAUCAAUAUAUAAAAAAUUUCUCAUCUUUAACGUAUAGAAAUUACAAGCAUAGUAAAUUACAUAGAGGUGUCUGUGGAUCUCAACGCUGUGGUCUCAAUCUUACGCAUGCAAAUGCAAGUCAUAUAACUGUGCAGACCUUAAAAAAAUGCUUCAAUACAACAAUACAUGAAGGGUAUGGUUUACAAGUCGAUUCCCUAUCAGUAAGAUAUUGCAAAACGCAAAACGACUACAUCCCACCAGAUGCACUAGACUACAUCAUCGGAGCUCUUCUGCUAAUUCUUCUGUUUGUAAAUCUUGGUUGUUCAGCGUUCUACUUCUUUUGGCCACCAGAUGAUGAAGAAGGCAACAGAUAUAUUCUGGCUUUCUGCGUGCAAAAAAAUUGGAAAGCUUUGAAAUAUGGCGGCAGUGCUGAGGGCGGGAUCUUCAAAUGUUUUCAAGCUAUGAGGUUUUACACUAUGGUAAUGAUCCUGGGUCUUCACUCGAUGAUUUUCAUCGGCUAUGGGUAUACAGCAAAUCCGGAAUUUAUUGAAAAUUCAUACGACGACUUUUUUAAAUCCCUGCUAUUCAACGCACGAGUUAUAGUUCAGAUUUUCUUUGUGAUGGGAGGAUUUCUUAUGGCCUACAAGAUGAUAGCCUACGCUGAGACCCACCAGUUUACUCUCAAAACAGUGCCCAUGGCUAUUGUCAAUAGAUGGUUCAGGCUUAUACCAGCAGUGUUAGUAGUAAUGGGGCUAGCUAUGACAUGGGUCCCGCAUUUAGGAUCUGGGCCAAUGUGGGAUGCUGUUGUGGGCCGUGAGCGCGAUAUGUGCAGAUCUAAUUGGUGGCAGCUAGUUAUUUUGAUGCCAAAUCUCUUCCCAUUCGAGCAUUUAUGUUUACCUCAAGCUUGGUAUCUAGGAACAGAUACUCAGUUAUUCUUCAUAACGCUAAUAGUUCUACUAAUCAUGUGGAAGUGGCCAAGAUCAGGAAUACCCGUACUUUCUGGAGUGAUGGUUGUCAGUCUUCUCAUACCGUUCUUACAAAAUUACUUCAUGAAUUUACUUCCAAUUCGAGUCAGCUUCUUCCCUGAAUCAAUAAGGGAUAUAUUCGGUUACAACGACACGUUCUAUCACGCCUAUGUAUCCGCACAAGGCAACUGGGCUGGCUAUCACUUAGGAGUGUUAACAGCUUGGUUUUAUCAUAAGGCGCAAGCUAGGAAAUGGAACUUGGGAGAUUCUUGGCUAAUGCAGUUCCUGUUCGUCAUAUCUAUACCCGUGGCAUUUGGUACAGCACUUAUGGGUUGGGACCUUCAUCACCGUGAAGCGUCUGCCUUCGAAUCCGCGAUCUUCAACAGUUUAAACCAGAACUUCUUUGCACUCGCCAUCUGUGUCUUCAUCAUCGGCUAUUUCUACAAAUGCAACAGAAUUUACGUGGGCGCAGUGGAAUGGGGUCCUUUGCAGCCGUUGGGUAGAAUGUCUUAUUGCGCUAUGCUGUUACAUGCGACUGUUCUCAGAACUUAUGGUGGACAACUGAGGAGAUCAUUUUAUGCCACAGACUAUACUGCUAUAAUGUUAUAUGCUGGAAUCGUAUGCACAACCUACCUCUGGUCACUGCCACUUCAUCUCUUUGUAGAAGCCCCAGCAUGUCAGAUACAGAAAAUUCUAUUUGGACCAAAAAAGCAGAGGAAGGAGCGUGAAGCAAAUACUACCAGUAUUAAACCUGGGCUAUCAAAUGUCUCCGUAUCGACUGUAUCGACACAUAUA